AUGCAAGCUCAAUCCAACAUCUAUCCUAAAAGAUCAUUGUCUCAAAGAUCAACUGCCUCCACCUCCUCCCACACUAGCCAGUGCUCUCAGGAGAAGAAACAAUCUAGACUAUCGGGCUCUCUCUCUUCCAAGAUCUUCCGGUCUAAGACUCCUGCUCCAAUCGACAUCCCCCAGAGCCACCAAGACUCGAUGUCCCAGCCCCGAGAUAUCCCACGAAGCACAACAGAAACUUGUUACUUCCCAGACCAACAAUAUACCUCAACUAGCCCGACCCAGAUGUCUCCCACUAUGUCUUCACCCCAGUCCCCCAAGCCGGACUUCCUGAAGCGUGCUUCCACCCCGAUGCGCAAGAACAGCGACGACUACAAGCGCUACAGUGGAACUGUUAACCACUAUGGUCGCCAUUCGAACGACUGGCUCUUCGGUGGCUUCAGUGUUCGCGGGACUGUCCGUGGAGGCAUUGAUAAGCUCCGCAAGGAAAGCUGA